AUGGCUGAAACUUUAGAACAGGUUAAAGUGUCAUCUGAUGAACCAACUGAAACUGAGAGUAAAGCUUCAAAAACAAAUAAAAAAAGAAAGCACGUAGGCGAAGCUGAAGCUGUACUUAAUGAUAGACCCAGGCGACAAGCACGUCCAGUUGUGCCCUAUGGUUCCCAAGCCUCUGAAACAAAGUUACGUGUCAAGCCGCCUGUUAAUAUAGUUCAGGGUAAAGGUAUCCCUCUUGGUCAAAUCCCAUCAAUAGCUCGUGCUAUCGAUAAGCACAAAACAUCAGACGAAACUCUUAAAAACAUACAUAGAUUAUUUUAUGGUCGAGCUGGAACAAAAAAUGAUAUCAAGUCCCAUCUACGCGCUUUCUCAGGUCUUAACGCCGAAUCUCCUGUCGAUGCAACGGUGAUCAAAGAAAAACUUGAAAGAUUGAAAAUGACUGCAUUGAAAAAUAUGUGUGUUUUUUUUAACGUUAAAGUAUCGGGUGAUAAAUCCUCAAUUAUCGAACGGUUAAUCGAAUUUAUAAAGGAACCUUUCGAUAUCUCGAAUAAAAAGGAUCUAAAGGUGCACAAAGAUAAAAUUAAAAAAUUAGAAUUGAAUCAAAAAGCUCGAGAUAUAUUCUUCACCGAACAGAGGGACAUAUUAAAGUCGAAAGAAGAAAACAAAUCUGCGACUAAAGCUCAAAUUGAUAAGCAGUUGUUAAGUGCUUGGAAUGAUAUGUCGGAAAAAGAUAAAGAGCCUUAUUUCGCUCGUGCUAAGGAUGCAAAGAAUAAAAGAACUCCAACCGUCAAAAAAUCUGAACCUCCUAAAAAAGUCGUCAAAAGUAAAUUUAAAUCACCAGAGACUAUAGAAAGUGAAGAUGAUAAAACCGAAGAAGACCCAGAAGAUGAUAACGCAAAAGAAUUGGACGAUGAUAGUGCAGAAAAGAAACCAGAUGACAAUGCAGUUGACAAAAAACCGACCAAACAAAAGGAAGUAGAUAAUAAUAAGAGUGAAUCGGAUGAAUUGAGUGACGUACCGGACGAGAGUGACGAUGAAAAGGAAGUAGAGCCACCACGUAAGAGAACUAAGAAAAAUGUUGACAAAGAUUAUGAAAAUUAA